GUGUCCCCGAAGGCAACAUGAAUCGGCGCUUGCCGAGCUAUCUUUGUGCGAAGCGCACCAAAAGCGACGAGAGUUGACUUAGCACUUAGCGGCGUUAGCAGCAUCGGCGGCUGCGGAAGCGGAGGAGACGACCGCCGGGAUUCACACGAGCGACGACUGCUGCCUGGAACCAUGGUCAUCUGGUGACGAGCGCGGAAGCUCUGGGGUGUAGGAGCGGCACGCAGCGCCACCUGGCCGUGCACAGCGGGAGCGCCCCGCCACCCGGUCCCCCCGCCAGCGCCGCUCCCCGAUGGAGCGGGCACUGUGAGAGCCGCGCGCCGCCCGACUCGCAUCGCCGCAGCAGAGGGGCGUCCCCGCCCGGAGGCAGCGCGAGGGAACCGUCGGCAGGAGCCGCCGCCAUGUCGUCCAACCGGACCCAGAACCCGCACGGCCUCAAGCAGAUCGGCCUGGACCAGAUCUGGGACGACCUGCGGGCCGGCAUCCAGCAGGUGUACACCCGGCAGAGCAUGGCCAAGUCCCGAUACAUGGAACUCUACACGCACGUCUACAACUACUGCACCAGCGUGCACCAGUCCAGCCAGGGGAGGGGCUCCGUGGCCCCCAGCAAACCCUCCAAAAAGUCCACCACUCCCGGCGGAGCCCAGUUUGUCGGCCUGGAGCUCUACAAGAGGCUCAAGGAGUUCUUAAAGAACUACCUGACGAGCCUGCUGAAGGACGGAGAAGACCUCAUGGACGAGUGCGUGCUCAAGUUCUACACUCAGCAGUGGGAGGACUACCGCUUCUCCAGCAAAGUCCUCAACGGCAUCUGCGCCUACCUCAACCGCCACUGGGUCCGGCGGGAGUGCGACGAGGGACGCAAGGGCAUCUACGAAAUCUACUCGCUGGCGCUGGUCACCUGGAGGGAGUGUCUCUUCCGACCCCUCAACAAACAGGUCACGAACGCCGUGCUGAAGCUCAUCGAGCGGGAGAGAAACGGCGAGACCAUCAACACUCGCCUCAUCAGCGGCGUCGUGCAGUCUUACGUGGAGCUGGGCCUGAACGAGGAGGACGCCUUCGCCAAAGGCCCCACGCUGUCCGUCUACAAGGAAUACUUUGAGUGCCAGUUCCUGACGGACACGGAACGCUUCUACACGCGCGAGAGCACCGAGUUCCUCCAGCAGAACCCGGUCACCGAGUACAUGAAAAAGGCGGAGGCCCGGCUGCUGGAGGAGCAGCGCCGCGUGCAGGUUUACCUCCACGAGUCCACGCAGGACGAGCUGGCCAGGAAGUGCGAGCAGGUCCUCAUCGAGAAGCACCUGGAGAUCUUUCACACCGAGUUCCAGAACCUUCUGGAUGCCGACAAGAACGAAGACUUGGGCCGCAUGUACAACCUGGUGUCUCGCAUCACGGACGGCCUGGGAGAGCUGAAGAAGCUUCUGGAGACGCACAUCCACAACCAGGGCCUGGCCGCCAUCGAGAAGUGCGGGGAGGCGGCGCUCAACGACCCCAAAGUGUACGUGCAGACCACGCUGGACGUGCACAAGAAGUACAACGCGUUGGUCAUGUCGGCCUUCAACAACGACGCCGGCUUCGUGGCGGCGCUGGACAAGGCGUGCGGCCGCUUCAUCAACAACAACGCCGUCACCCGGAUGGCGCAGUUGUCCAGCAAGUCGCCCGAGCUGCUGGCCAGAUACUGCGACUCGCUGCUCAAGAAGAGCUCCAAGAACCCCGAGGAGGCGGAGCUGGAGGACACGCUCAACCAAGUGAUGGUGGUCUUCAAGUACAUCGAAGACAAAGACGUUUUCCAGAAGUUCUACGCCAAGAUGCUGGCCAAGCGUCUGGUCCACCAGAACAGCGCCAGCGACGACGCCGAGGCCAGCAUGAUCUCCAAGCUCAAGCAAGCGUGCGGCUUUGAGUACACGUCCAAACUCCAGAGAAUGUUCCAGGACAUCGGCGUCAGCAAGGACCUGAACGAGCAGUUCAAGAAGCACCUGACCAACUCGGAACCUCUCGACCUGGACUUCAGCAUUCAGGUUCUGAGUUCGGGCUCGUGGCCUUUCCAGCAGUCGUGCACCUUCGCGCUCCCCUCCGAGCUGGAGCGGAGCUACCAGCGCUUCACGGCGUUCUACGCCAGCAGACACAGCGGCAGGAAGCUGACGUGGCUCUACCACCUGUCCAAAGGCGAGCUGGUGGCCAACUGCUUCAAGAACAGGUACACGCUGCAGGCGUCCACCUUCCAGAUGGCCAUCUUGCUGCAGUACAACACGGAGGACAGCUACACCGUGCAGCAGCUCUCCGACAGCACGCAGAUCAAAACGGACAUCCUGAUCCAAGUCCUGCAGAUCUUGUUGAAGUCCAAACUGCUGGUUCUGGAGGACGAGAACGCCAACGUGGACGACGUGGACUUCAAACCCGACACAGUCAUCAAACUCUUCCUGGGAUACAAAAAUAAAAAGUUGCGCGUAAACAUCAACGUGCCCAUGAAGACCGAGCAGAAGCAAGAGCAGGAAACGACGCACAAGAACAUCGAGGAGGACCGCAAGCUCCUCAUUCAGGCGGCCAUCGUGCGCAUCAUGAAGAUGCGCAAGGUCCUGAAGCAUCAGCAGCUGCUGGCCGAGGUCCUCAACCAGCUGUCGUCUCGAUUCAAACCGCGCGUGCCCGUCAUCAAGAAAUGCAUCGACAUCCUGAUCGAGAAGGAGUACUUGGAGCGGGUGGACGGCGAGAAGGACACGUACAGCUACCUGGCAUGAGCCCCCACCCCCACCCCAACCCCAACGUCGCCUCAGUUUUAUUUUUAUGUGUUUGCUUUUUUUUUUUUUUUUUUUUUUUCCCCCCCCCCUUGAGGUCUGAGUAAUAAAAGUUCAGCUCCCGAUGUUGCGUGCGCCGCAACGGAGCUACUAAGCACCUGGCCGCAGACUGGAGGCUGAACUCUGACCUCCGCACUCUCCCGUCAGCGAUUGAAGGAACUUCACACGCCCGCCCCCGCCCGACGCACGUUGUAAAUACGCCCAGAUUUUACGAAGAGGAGGGACUCGUCGCCCGUUAAUUUAGCCUUCAGCCAAUCAGAGAGCCAUAUCCAAAGGUUUCUGCAUGCUCCCGCUUCUCGCGCAGGAGGACAUUUGUAUAGUGUGCUUCAUUUUCUAAAUGUGUGAUGAAUAAACGACAAAAGGUUUGUUAAA